AUGUAUCACCUGGAAUGUACAUUCCUUCAUGGUCCACAACCACGGACACGUACAACCAGAGAAUUCGCCAAGGGGCCGGGCAGGUUUCAACAAAAUCAAGGUUCACCGACGCAGCUCUCUACUACAGAGUCUCCCAGAACACAUUCUGGAUUUGAUUCAGCCAAUACUUUGUUGAAUGGCACGCUCGGCCUCGGCUUACGCUGGCAUUCGGAAUAUAUUGGCCCCGCAAGCUAUCAUGAACCCACUCUUAUUGAUCUGAAGCAGUGCGCCAUAUCUACCAUCGGCCAAGAUAACCCGUAUCCGCGAAGAGUCAGUGAAUCCACCGUGUUCAUCACAUAUCCCGAUGAUGAAUCUGCCUUGCAGUUGCAAGGCUGGGCGGACCUGGACCAAAUAGAAGAAUGCAUCCGUCCUUUAGGCCAGACUCUUGUGAAUCUCUACUUUCAUACCAUACACCGGACGUUUCCAAUUUUGGACAAGAACGUGUUCCUGGAGAAAUAUACGCAGUCAUACCGCAACUUUAUUCCGCCAUUGCUCGCCUCUGUUUACCUGCUCGCAUUAGAGAUGAGGUUCUUGGACCGAAAGUUGGCCAACUUAGCACAAGCACCAGAUACAGUGCGCCUGGAAAAUCUGGCCAUGCGAGCGAUGGAAGAUGAGUGGAAGCGACCCAAAUUGUCAACCCUGCAGGCGGGCCUAUUGUUAUUACAGCGGAAAGGCUCUUCCCAUAAUGACACCCUGCCCGCCAAACUCCUUUCCCUUGCAUACACGCUGGGUGUCCAUGUCGACUGCAGCCACUGGACAAUUCCUGAAUGGGAGAAAAGCAUACGAAAACGAUUAGCCUGGGCGCUAUAUAUGCAGGAUAAAUGGGGCACUCUCAUUCAUGGCAGACCGCCUCUUAUUCCAGCACAGAUUGACAGUGAUGAAGAUAAAAGCGACUGGGUGGUCCGCCCGUGUACUCUCAAUGACUUCCCUGAAACGACAGCUGGGGAUGAGAGCUCUGGGGUUGUAGACGGCCCUGCAGGCCGAGAUGCCUUUCUACACUUUAUUGAAUUAACGAAGAUAUUCAGUUCCAUCAUAGCGACCUUUUGCUCGACUGGUGCAACCAGGAAAGGGGGUCUUCUGGAUCGGAUCGGAGCAUCAGGGGCUCUUGAAUUUGCGAAGCCUCUAGCAUUGCAACUGCGCGACUGGCACGCAAGACUACCUCUCAGCCUCCAGCUAGACUCCACACCAUCCUUGAAAUUAUCCACAAAUGGGGCUUUGCAUCUGUCACACGCUGCCGCAGAGCUUACAAUUCAUCGUGCACUUCUUCGAAUCUUAACCCCUGACGACUCCCCAAGUCUCAUUUCAGCCAUUCGGGGGGCUGCUCGGGCGCGCCUUGUAUCUGCCAUUAAUUUGAUUGGAGCAUUUCAGCUAGAGCACUUGCAGUCUUUUUGGGGUUUCGCAGCAGCAGCACAGGUGACUUUAGUUGGAAUCUUGGCUGGUCUGCUGUGGGCAACUAGUGCCAACGCUGAUGAAGCAUCAGAAUACGCUGAACACCUGGAGAGGCUUCGCUGGAUUCUUCAAGUCUGGGCUUCGGCAAUACCGUUCGCUCGUGAAGCACUUCGGAUGCUUGAUGAAGAUAUCGGUGACCUAGCUGCGAUGAAUGUGACCCCAGGUCGUGAUUGA